UCACCUAUCGAUCUCCACGCACACGCAAUGACGGUGUUGGAAGAAGAUGCAGUUUUAUCGGGUCCUUGUUAAUAGGAGGGCCAAGGGACGACCACUUCUCUUCCUUUCGUCGUCAAUUGCCCUCUCUCCCUCCACGGAAUGUAGUAUUUUUGUUACACACUAGACUUUAUUUGGCAAAUAUUUAAUUUGUCAUGCAUGGAUUUUGGGAGACUUUCUUUAAUUUGCUUUAUGUUAUGUUGCCAUAAUUUAGUGAUGAGCUAAUGCGUAGGAUUGUUGGUAUCGCCACAAAAAUCUCCCCCUGACUUUCCUGGAAAAGCAUAUGCCAAACACCAUUCCCCAAAACCUAAUUAACCAAAAACAAACAAACACAAACCCAAACAAUCAAUCAUCCCUCCGCGGCAGACAUCCUGAUGUGGUUAUAGCAGUGCCUGUGAUGAUGCAUGCAUAUAUGGAUGAUCUUCGUAUAUCAUUAAUUAAUUAGCCGCUACCUCCUCUUCCACGAUCUGCUUUUCCUUUACGUAAUCUCCAGAUUCUAAAUGGAAAGGGCCGGAGAGAAACGGGCGGGACCUUGAUUAAUUUAAUUUAUUUGUAAGAAAUUCCCCAUCGUCACCUUUCUCUCACACAGUCACUCACUCUUCCUUUUCUUUUUUCUUUCUUCUUCUUAUGUUUCCCUUUCUGAUCCCAGCUUGAUCGAUAAUGUUGUCGCAUUUAUGAUUACCUCCUGGUUAGUUCUCUAAACCAUAUAUAAUGUUCUUAUUAAUUAUCCAGUACUUUUCUUAAUUAAAUAAUUCUAUCGAUGAAAUUGAAUUUUCAUGUCUUGCACUUGCACUGUACGUGCCAGCAUACACGUUAUAAUUUCAUGUGUAUAUGCAUGCAUGGAGGUAAAUAGUUAGAUUCAUGGGAUGGUAUUGUUUAGUUGAAUUCAUACUGAUUAAUUCAUUAUAUCUGGGCCGCAGUACCUGCCUAUACUAUAUAUAUAUGUAUACCAAAUAAUUACCUGCAUACACACGAUGCAUAUAUAAUUGAUGAGUACAUAUGUUCAUCAUGAUCAUGAUUAGAGUAAUGAAAUACAAAAUAUCUCAUGAAUGCGUUAAUUAUACGUGCUUGCAUGAGCGUCUUACGAAAUACAAACUAUAUUGUGGGCAAGACGAAAAAAUAAACAAUACAUGUGUGCAGGUGAUUUUUACAACAAAGUUAAUAUAUCGUAGAGACGCCAUGUGAUUCAGAAGGAUGGAUGCAGCAGCUCCCACCACCACCAGCUACGACUCCAACCCUAACCACCAUCAUCAACACUAUCACACAACUACCGCAUUCGCAACAAAAAGUAGCGACGCCAACAAGUCAAAUCCCCGUACCAACAACAACAACAACGUCAUCAUGCACAACAAUCAGCGGCUGCUCCCAUCUACAAGUGCAACAAGGCCUCCUACAACCACCACAAGUAGUAGUACUAGUAGCGGUACUUCUGCAAGUACCAGCAACAGCCGAAACGACAACAUAGAUAGCUCAUCAUCCAUGACCAGUAGUGUUACCAACAACGCAUCUUUGAAGCCACACACUGGUGGGGACAGCAGGUGGGACUCCAUCAACACCGUGGUGAGCUGCCGAGGCGCCAUGGGUCUUAGCAACUUCCGCCUCCUCAAGCGUCUUGGGUACGGUGACAUCGGCAGUGUCUACCUGGUAGAGCUCCGUGGCACCACCAGCCACUUCGCCAUGAAGGUGAUGGACAAGGCCUCCCUUGCCAGUCGCAACAAGCUCCUCCGCGCCCAGACCGAAAGGGAGAUCCUUGGACUCCUCGACCACCCUUUCCUCCCAACACUCUACUCCUACUUCGAGACUGACAAGUUCUACUGCCUCGUCAUGGAGUUCUGCAGCGGUGGCAACCUCCACUCUCUCCGCCAGAAACAACCCACCAAGUACUUCUCUGAGGAUGCUGCUCGCUUCUACGCCUCUGAGGUCCUCCUCGCGCUCGAGUACCUCCACAUGCUUGGCAUCGUCUACCGCGACCUCAAGCCUGAGAAUGUACUUGUCCGAGAUGAAGGACACAUUAUGCUCUCCGACUUUGACCUGUCUCUCCGCUGCUCCGUCAAUCCCACCCUCGUCAAAUCCUCCUCCGUCAGCGGCGGCGGCGGCGGCUCUUCAUCCUCUGGUACGUCAGCCGCCGCCUCAGGAGGACCUGCCGUGCUCGCUGGCAGUGUAGGAUCCUCGACCAAUGCCUUUGGCAGCGGCGGGGGGGCCAUUCUAGACGAGGAGUUUGCGGUCCACGGCUGCAUCCAACCCUCCACCUUCUUCCCUCGCUCCAUCCUCCCUAGCAAAAAGAACCGCAAGUCCAAGUCGGACUUCGGACUCUUUGUGGGUGGGUCCCUCCCGGAGCUGAUGGCGGAGCCCACCAACGUGAGAUCCAUGUCCUUCGUCGGGACCCACGAGUACCUCGCCCCAGAGAUCAUACGAGGAGAAGGCCACGGAAGCGCAGUUGACUGGUGGACUUUUGGGAUAUUCCUCUAUGAGCUCCUCCACGGGACCACCCCUUUCAAAGGCUCAGGAAACAGGGCCACAUUGUACAACGUGGUGGGCCAGCCCUUGAGGUUCCCGGACAGCCCACAGGUCAGCUAUCCGGCCCGAGACCUUAUCCGAGGACUCCUUGUGAAAGAGCCACACAAGCGGAUUGCCUACAAGCGUGGGGCCACCGAGAUCAAGCAACAUCCUUUCUUCGAAGGACUCAACUGGGCUCUAGUCAGGAGCCUUGCCCCUCCCCACGUCCCUGAACCCGUCGACUUCUCUCACUACGCUAGCAAAGAGCCACCCCCACCGCAACCCUCUUCCUCCGCUACGCCACACCCAACUACUUCUGCUGCUUCUCCAUCUGUUUUUGCUUCCAUGGCUGUAGAAAACAAGACCGCCACCCCAGCACACUCCGAAGGACAUCACAAGCACAACGGGCACGUCAGCCCCACAGACGAUGACUCUUCAUAUAUAGAUUUUGAAUACUUUUGAUUAAUGGCAAUUAAUUAAAUCUCUCAUUAAUGAAAAAUAUCAACAUUAAUUAACCAUUGUUGGGAUCCAGCCCAAGCAUGCAUAACAGGAAGUAAAGAAUAUUGGAUGUGAAUUUUUUUUUUUUUUUUUUUGUUAACUAAUGCAAACUAAAGCUAACAAUCAAUCUACUGUUUUGUUAUUUCUAUUCGAUCUCAUCUUCCAAUUUUUUUUACACAUAUAUAUGAAUUGAUAUUGGAUUUAAAAAACAUAGAUGUAUGUGUUUAUACAUGCCGUCUUUGUAUUGUAAUACUUUUGCUUAGUGCGAGCGUGAACGAUAAAUAAACAUAAAACAAGGGAUCGUCUUUUGUUGAUCUACUGGACCAUGCACCACUCACUAGGUUCAGUAGUGUGUUUCUUGAUCCAUCUAACAUGGGCUCAUUUCAAUUUAACCUUACUCUAAUUCCAUGUGCCAAAUGAAUACCAUUGUGGACUAUCAUCAUGAAUCAUAUGAAAUGGAAAUAAAAAUAAAUUAGUUAAUACAAACACUAUAAAUGAAUGCGAUUGUGGGCUUCUUAACCAUUGAAAAAUGUUAAUUUGGAUCCAGAAAGCUUAUGUGAUUUGGGAUAGUAUAAAAACAUUCGGGUCAUAUCAUGUGCUUAAACUUAUAAAUUUAAGCAGUUUCUUAAGUGUGCUAGCAAAUAGGAGGAGCAGAGAGAAAUGAGUACUAACUAAAUAAAAAGGAAAAUAAGAGAUAAUAGGAAAUAUUUAAUUUCAUUAAUAAUUAAAAUUAAUAGUUCAAAAUAGAAAAAAAAAGGCUUCCAACAUAUUCCUCCGUUGCAAGUAAACCCAGAAGAAGAGGUAGGUUAUUUGCUGUCAACACAAUUGCUAUUUGCCACCAAAUUCUCUUUUAACAAUUUUCAAAUUAAUUAAUAUAAUGUAAAUGUGUUCCUAAUUCAUCUUAUUUGCACUGAUUUGAAAACAAAAAUGGUCGCCCAAAAAGUAGGCGGACAAUCACCUUAAAAAUCGUCGUGCCGAAGGAAAACAUAUUUAUUGCACUCAUGAUCGUGUGUAUAUAUAUAUAUAGGAGGAGCAGUUAGAUGAACUUUAAUAAGCUCCAACCAAUAUCAACGAUUAAUUAUUAGUUUCCAUUAAAUUGAACUUUGGAUUUGGGUAUCAAUACUCCAAACUCGAUUUAAUUCAUGGUCUAGAUAGUGAUAUCUCAUUAUGAGUACGUGGAGUAUACUAUACUCUAGGAGUACACUAGUAUGACUCAUAUAUACAGGUGAUAGCUAGAUAUUGAAUUGACCAGAGUUUGGCAUCAGGUACUAUUCUGGUAUUCCCAAACCCUUAAAUACAAUAAUCUAGGUCUUAAUUCUAUAAAUCUCAAACAAUAAGAUCAAUUUAAUUAGAAACAAAAAUCAACGGUCAUGAUUUGUCUAAAUAUAUGCAAAAAAUUACAUGCACAAAUCUUCGAGUUAGACUCUAUGAUUUAGAUAUCUAAGACCUAGGGUCCACUCAUAAAGUUUCUAAGUGUCCGUCAUGUAUAUCAUCACAUGGUAUACCACCUUAUCAAAACCCUACAAGCAUGACGUCAUGCAAAAUGGUCAUCAUGAGUAACACUAGGGCAUCAAAUAUCAAGGGACUUGAGAAAAAUGUGGUCAUCAUUACAUCCACUAAGGGUGAAGCCUUCGCCCGUCGAGCAUGAUACACUAACUAGGCGCAAGGCAUGAGUCACCCAACUAAGUAGUCGUCACCUCACGUCCAACCAAGCAUGCAAGACACAAGCAUACCUAGUAGGGUAUGAGACAAGCCACCAAACAAGACAUCUCCAUGACACAAGAGUCUUACUAUCAAGUGAAGUCAUAAGACCAUCUCCAACAACUCACUCAAAAUGCCAAAAAUACCAAAAAAACUCCUUCAACAAGCUUUUGGAAAUGCUAAAAUGCCCAAAAUCCUAGAAUUUUUUGUCAAAUACCAAAUUGAAUAAGACAAGGAAUGUCAA